CAGUACGGCCUCUACUCCUCCUUCAUGGGCUGCUUCGUGUACUGCCUGCUGGGCACGGCCAAGGACGUGACGCUGGGUCCCACGGCCAUCAUGUCCCUGCUGGUGUCCUCGUACGCCUUCCACCAGCCCGCCUAUGCCGUCCUGCUCGCCUUCCUCUCGGGCUGCAUCCAGCUGGCCAUGGGGCUCAUGCGCCUCGGAUUCCUUCUGGAUUUCAUUUCCUGCCCGGUCAUUAAGGGGUUUACAUCAGCUGCUUCCAUCACCAUCAGCUUCAACCAGGUCAAGAACAUCCUGGGCCUGCAGGGCAUCCCGAGGCAGUUCUUCCUGCAGCUCUACGAGACGCUGAGGAGGAUUGGGGAGACCAGGGCUGGGGACGCUGUGCUGGGGCUGAGCUGCCUGGCAGCGCUGGCAGGGCUGCGGGCCAUGAAGAGCCACCUGCCCCAGGCUGUCCCCACGGCCCCGCUGGCUGUCAGGAUCAGCCACCUGGUUGUGUGGAUCUGUGCCACAGCACGCAAUGCACUCGUGGUGCUGUUUGCUGGCCUGGUGGCUUACUCCUUCCAGGUGAUGGGCUGCCAGCCCUUCAGGCUCACGGGCAGAAUCCCCCAGGGGCUGCCACCCUUCCGGCCACCACCCUUCUCCCUGGCAGUGCCCAACGGCACCGUCCCCUUCCCCAGCAUGCUGCAGGACAUGGGCGUCGGGCUGGCUGUGGUGCCGCUCAUGGGGCUGCUGGAGAGCGUGGCCAUCGCCAAGGCUUUUGCCUCACAGAAUGGCUACAGGAUUGACCCCAGCCAGGAGCUGCUGGCUCUGGGUGUUGCCAAUGUCCUGGGCUCCUUUGUCUCCUCGUACCCCAUCACGGGCAGCUUUGGCCGGACAGCAGUGAAUGCCCAGUCAGGGGUCUGCACCCCCGCGGGAGGGCUCGUCACAGGUGCCCUGGUCCUGCUGUCCCUGGCAUACCUGACCUCUCUGUUCUAUUACAUCCCCAAGGCAGCGCUGGCUGCUGUCAUCAUCUCGGCCGUGGUGCCCAUGUUCGACGCUGGCAUCUUCCGGAGGCUCUGGCGGGUUCAGACAGCAUCCCCAGCUCGCCCUGUGCUGCUGGACUGCAGCCACGUCAGCAGCAUCGAUUACACAGCAGUGCUGGGGCUGGCAGAGCUGCUGCAGGAGCUGCACAGGCACGGCCUCCCGCUGGCCUUCUGUGCCCUGCAGGAGCCAGUUCUCCAAGUCCUCCUGUCUGCAGACUUAGAAGGAUUCCAGCAUUUCCCCAGCAGGGAGGAGGCAGGGGAGGCUCUGGCUGCUCUGCCAGGAUGGGAGCGGUGCAGGGAGCUGGGGGGCAGCAGGGCAGAGCCCCCCACCAGCCCUGCCCAGAGCACCGGGCUCAUCCAGUGACACCAGUGUGGGCUGAGCGUCCUGUGCCACCCCAGUGGCACCAGCACCUCCCUGGGAGCCAGCUGUCCCUCCUGGGCACGGGGAUGGGCUGUCCCCAUGUC